AUGGGCAACUGCUUCAGCUCCCCCAGGUCACGCCGCUCCAAGGGCAAGCACCGCUCCAAAAAGAAGUUGCCCCGUUCCAGACGGCACAAGACCAAGCCUUGGAACCCGGCGCGGCGAGGCCAGACCUACAUACGCAAAAAGUACCUCACCGUCAACAGCCGUGACUACGAGCUGCAGUUCGUCCGCCCCUCUACUCGCCGCCGGCGAGGCAGCGGGAAGAGGCACCCCGGAGGAGGCGGCCAGGGCGGUUACGUGUACCAGGAAAACUAUCCCCAAGGCUACGAGGGGCCUCAUGACGGCGAGGGGUCGUCGAGCUCUAGUUCGAGCACGACUGUUCGCGAUAUCACGGACCACAACAGGCCGGCGGGCAGAGAGGGAGGCAGUAGGGCGGGCAGUGGCAGUGGCGAUGACAAUGCGGGAGAGGGGCCGAGUAUGUCUGGGGCAGCGGCUGCGUAG